AUGGCAAAAACUUUGGAUAAAAAUCUACACGAGUCCAUUAUUCCCACCAUCGAGGUCAAAUUGCAGGGAAUUGAGAAUGGUAAGGUCUUAAAGUAAUCUGCUUGAAUUCAUUCAGGAUUGGGUUUCAACAUUGUGGGAGGCGUCGAUACACCUCAUAUACCCGGUCAUGAUGGCUUCUUUAUCUCAAGGAUCCGCCCUAAUUCAGCGGCGGCCGACAACGGCCGGUUGAAUGUUGGAGAUCGUAUCGUAGCGGUAAGUGCUUUCAUUCUUAUUUUUAUUUUUUAGGUAAAUGGGACCAUUAUCACACCACUGACCCACGAUCAAGCUGUACAAAUAUUCAAAAGUGCCUCCAAGGAAUGCGUCCUCACCGUCGAACCAGACGCCGAAAGGAUUCUUUUAUCUGUAAGUUCGCUGAUUUUAUCAUUUUUGUUUUUUAGCAACCUUCUGAUCUCAUCGUACGCUCAUCUUCUUCAACAAAUCAAACUCCACUAAGCGGCUCAAAGUCAGAUAAUUCUAGCAGAAGUUCUUCUCCAAGUUCAGCUAAAAAUAAGGGAAAUUCGAAGAAAACUAAUUUUAUAGUCAAAGAAAACAACAAAAAACUCCAGGCAGAAGUUGUGAGAGAAGAGAUAGAAAGUUUAGCGGCUAAAGAGAAUGGUAUGCAAAAUCAAGCAGAGGUCGAGAGGAAAGAAAAUUGUGUAAACGUCACUGAAGAUGUUAAGAAAAGAGAAGAAGAGCUUGAGAGAGGGGAGGAUGGUAACAAUCAGAACAAUUGUAAGUUGGCUUUCUUGUCUGAUAUAACAUGUUUAGUGUCGAAGGGUAACAGCGAGGUAAUUUCAAAUGGAACUGUGCCAAACAAAAAGCAGGGUAAUCUACAAAAUGUUGUUCCACCAUGCAAAGUAAAUGUAAGAUCUAGGACUAUGUCCAACACAUCUUCGACAUAUUUUGCCCAUUCCGGUCCCCAAAAACAUCUUAAUCAAGUACAGGAUGAUGAAGAAGAUCGAGCUUCUACCGUGAGUAUGGCCCCGAGUAUAGCUCAUAGUGUUAUCGAUGACAUCCCUCGUACUCCGAAAAAGCCGACUAGCAUAUUAGACCCUUCAAAGUGAGUGCUUUUCUAUUAUAUCAGUCUGUCGGGAAAAUAACGGCGGGUCGUCGCAUCAAAAUGUCUCGCCUCACCGCUAUCGCCAAAUCUCCAGUUUCGGCCGCCGUCGCAAAGCGAUGAUGGGCGAUUCCGAGGCGCGACAAUCCGCUGUUAUUUUCCCGACAGACUGAUAUUUUUGAAAAAAAGUUUAUUUUCGUUAUUUUGUAUUUAUUUCAGUCCGUCAAUCUUAACCGAGGUCCUUUUCGUUUCAAUCGGAGUGGUGGCGUUGGGAGCUGGCAUUGUACUCUCAUACCGGUACUUAAGGAGACAUUAG